AUGCAAACACGGUCAUCUCAAGGUUCAGUCCUUGGAAAGCGUGCUCAUCACGUCGACCAAAAGGCUGUCUCAUCAACAACGACAAGCGACAUUGCAACGUUGUCGCAGCACAUGCUCACCCCAGAACAGAGCCCUAAAUCGAAACGCGCCCGUAUCUCGCUCUCCAGUGUUCAAGGAGAUUCAAACAAGGAAAAUGUACCUCCAUUCCGUAUUGACACACGGAAUGACGUAGUAGUCGACACACCGCGUUCCAUACACACAUUAGUGAUAUCUACUCCCCCACCAACACCCCCAGUUUUGCUACUUCCCGUAUACACACGUGCUCGAGGACUCCUUCGUUCGACCAGCACAAGUGUAUCUCCUAUAGCUGGCCGAGAGGACGAGCGGCAGCGCAUUCUGGAAUUCAUCACCUCGUCGUGGUGCGAUAGCGCACACACAUCAUUGUACAUCUCCGGCACACCUGGAACCGGAAAGACCGCGCUUGUCAACUCGGUCCUGCGUUCGUUCGAGGGGUCCGAAGGGACGUCCGAUCUGAGAGUUGUCUCUAUUAAUUGCAUGGCCUUGAAUGGGCUGGAUGCCCUAUGGGAUCGUCUUUAUGAAGAGUUGUGUCGCACAAGGGCUCCCAAGAGUGUCGCCAAGCCCUGCAAAGCCAAGGGCAAGGAAGCGGUCGAGAAAGCACUCUCUACUUUAAAUCAUAAGUGCAUUGUUGUGCUUGACGAGCUCGACCACAUUGCGUCUUCAAAUCAAACACUUUCAUCAAUUUUCUCCAUGUCUCAACAGCAUUCGUCUACCUUCCGCAUCAUCGGAAUUGCAAAUACACACACCCUCACAGCGUCCUUGGCGCAGUUGUCUACUCGUGAAGCUUCCAGCACCCUGACCCUUCACUUCGGCGCGUACUCUUCCCAGCAACUUCUUCAAGUAUUGCAAGCACGUCUCUCACCUCUCUACGACAAUCUGGAAUGUCCAGAAGCAACGGAACAAGCCAAAAAGUUCCUUCCUGCUUCAACAUUAACUCUCCUCACAAAAAAAAUUGCCUCCCAAACUGGCGACGUUCGAGCCUUGUUUGAGGUACUUCGGGGGGCAAUAGACUUGGCUGUCACGGGUUCGAAGGUCCCAGAUGCAGAUGCAAAUCCUCUCACCACUCUACCUCUCAUCGUCAAACCGGAUCACAUCCUUGCAGCCCUCAAGGCGUAUCUACCUUCCACUGGCGGUGGUCGCACCUCUUCCUUGACACUAUCCUCUACCAGUAAUGAGACCGUGUCUAAGGUUCGUAAUCUUGGCCUGCAAGUCAGACUGGCUCUCCUAUGCAUACUUCUUGCAUCAAAGCGGAGAGAGACCACCUUGUCUCUCUCUGCAUCCACCACUUCAACGCCUACCAAGUCCCCUGUGAAGCGCGCAGGCUCUGCCGUUUCUCAAAGGACUGCUGGGCUUGACGUUGCACAACUUCAUGCAUACUACUCAGCUGUGCUCACGCGUGCAGAUAACGACACCUUCACUCCAGUUUCUAGAAGCGAGUUUUCGGACCUGAUAGGGAUGCUAGAGACCAUAGGACUCGUGGCGUCGAGGUCUGCCCACAUGACAACUGCCUCUCCAUCGAAGACUGGUCGUCGUGCACUCAGUCGAGCUGUAUCGUUCGGUGGAGCAGCGAAGGGAGCAGCAGCAGGCCAAGACAUUAAGCUUGCGGAGACCAUUCGCGCGGAUGAAAUCCUGCGUGGCCUGGGUGUGGCUGAUGGCUCUGCUGCCAGUGAUGUGCGUGAAGAAGAAGUCAGGGCUAUAUGGGCCAGGGAAUGUGGACGCAUCGCACGAGAGUCGAAAACGAAGUCAGCGUCAGGUAUGGGCGGUGAUAAACCCUUCGAUGAAGCAUUUGAAGAUUAG